UCAUUAUUCUUCCUUUUAUGCGAGGGGAAAAACAACACGAAUAAACAAGUUAAAAUUGACAUAACUGUUACUUUGUUUUUAUGCGCGGUAAUUUGCAAAUGUUAUUGUUAGAAAAUAGCUGAACAAGCCCGUCUGCAAGUCUCGUGCGCUGCUGAGGUUCACUCGGGGAUUGUUUGUUUUCAUGCCUCGAUAAAAGCAAAACUAAUUCACGCGAAAUCGCAUACCUUAACAGCGAGGGUUUCAUCAUUUUAAAUUUUAAACCCGUCAAGUGCAUCACGGUCUCCGUUCCAAUUUUGUUCGUCGCGUGCUCCGUUUACUGGCCAUCGAGUCGUUGGCUGAAAGUCUAUGUGAUGUCUAUGAGCAGAAACUCCGCGAAAAUAUGAACGUGCAUGGUGCAGUUCAUUCAUUUACCCUCAAACGCCUACAUCAGAACCUUAGACUACAUAAAAGCGAAAAUAUGCGUCUUUUUUGAUAAUAUGGAUCGCAAGAAUCUAUCUGCUUCUCUGAUAAUAGCAUUUAAAAUACAUCCAUGAUGAGUUAUUCAGAAAAGACUGAGGAUAUUACAAAGGAGGAAUGGAUGGAUAAAUUGAAUAAUGUGCACAUUCAGAGGGCAGAUAUGAACAGGCUCAUCAUGAACUAUCUAGUAACAGAGGGAUUUAAAGAGGCUGCAGAGAAGUUUCGUAUGGAAUCUGGGAUUGAGCCGAAUGUGGAUCUAGACUCUCUGGAUGAGAGGAUAAGGAUCAGGGAAAUGGUUUUGAAAGGUCAGAUCCAGGAAGCCAUUGCUCUCAUUAACAGCCUCCACCCUGAUCUCCUCGACACCAAUCGAUACCUUUACUUUCACCUUCAGCAGCAGCAUCUGAUUGAGCUUAUCCGUCUGCGGGAGACCGAGGCAGCGCUGGAGUUUGCGCAGUCACAGCUUGCCGAACAGGGAGAGGAGAGCAGAGAAUGCCUUACUGAGAUGGAGCGAACACUGGCACUGCUUGCCUUCGACAACCCUGAAGAAUCACCGUUUGGAGAUCUGCUCAACAUGGUGCAGAGGCAGAAAGUGUGGAGCGAGGUGAACCAGGCUGUUCUAGACUUUGAGAACAGAGAAUCUACUCCAAAAUUAGCAAAGCUGCUGAAGCUUUUACUGUGGGCUCAGAACGAACUGGACCAGAAAAAAGUGAAAUACUCCAGAAUGACAGACCUCAGCAAGGGCACCAUUGAGGACCCCAAGUAGAGACUGUAAUCCACAUGGACACAUUUGAAUUGAUUGUCUUAUUUAUGAACAGUCAGUGACUGCAUAGCAAAUAUAAAUCUAUAUCUAAUGUUGUUUUUUUCUUGAUGCUUCUAUAAAAAGGAACUUAAGCAACAGUAUAUGAUUUUAUUUAAAACAAAACUAAAAACCUAAAUUUUUAUUGUAAUCUACCAUUUACUAUGCUGGUAGCCUAUUUUCUGAAGAACAUGUAAUAUUCCUAUGGUACUGUUUUUACUCAUUUUCAGUUUGUCACAUGGGUUUUGUAACUUUUAUUUUAUUUAUAUUUUAUGUCAACCUCUUCACUGGUUUCACAUACAGUAGUAUGUCCUCAUGCUUAUAUUAGGCUGCUUUUAUGGGAAAUAUUAGCUCCUGGAUGGAAAGAAAAAGACUGAUAUAAUAUAACUAUCUUUUUCGUGGAUCUGACAACUUCAUUUUUUAUUUAUGAGAAGCUGCAGAUGCUGAUAAUAUGUGAGUUAAGUGUUGAGUUCUAGACCAUCAUUAAAUAAGCUAUUUUAAUUGCAAAACAACAAAUAUCAUCAUUACAGACUUAAAGCUUUAUGUUUAUGAUUUUUGUCUUUCGUUUUUGUUCACAUUUUGUACUGCCUGUUUGGGAUAAAGUUGAUUUCACAGUA